AUGUCCCCCCUGCAGUGUCUCCUGCAAUGUCCUCCGGCAUCUGUCUUCUGGGUUCCGUUCCCUGCGACGUCUGGACGUAUGGGGGACGGAACUGGCGGGAAAUCUGAAAGUUGUAAAAUAAAACAUUACUGUAUCAAACCAUUUCACAUACAUUUUGUCCCGAGUGCUUUGUCCUGUGUCCUGCCUGCAUUUUUACUGUUCUUUCUGCCUGGAAACUGAGAAAAGUCCAUGGCGUCCAAAAAGUGUCCCUUUAGGUCCAAAGCGGUUUUAGACCGGCUAGAGAACAGAUAGUAAAUUCUGAAUCACUUGCAGAAUUGA